AGCGCACGGCCCUGGUGACCCAGGGCGAGAACGGGCCCUGCCCGCUGCUGGCCAUCAUCAACAUCCUCCUGCUGCAGUGGAAGGUGAAGCUGCCCCCGCAGACAGAGGUGGUCACGGCCGAGGAGCUGAUGGCACAUUUGGGGAAUUGCAUCCUGGCCACCCAACCCAAGGACACCUCAGAGGGGCUGCAGCUGAACUUCCAGCAGAACAUCAAUGACACCAUGACAGUGCUGCCCAAGCUCUCCACGGGGCUGGACGUCAACGUGAGGUUCACGGGGGUCUCAGAUUUCGAGUACACCCCCGAGUGCAUCGUCUUCGACCUCCUCAACAUCCCGCUGUACCACGGCUGGCUGGUGGACCCCCAGAGCCCCGAGCAGGUGCAGGCCGUGGGCAAGCUCAGCUACAACCAGCUGGUGGAGAAGAUCAUCACCUGCAAGCACGCCAGCGACUCGCGCCUGGUGAGCGAAGGGCUGGUGGCAGAGCAGUUCCUGGAGGCCACGGCGUCCCAGCUGACCUUCCACGGGCUGUGCGAGCUCACGGCGCGCGCCCGCGAGGGAGAGCUCGGCGUCUUCUUCCGCAACAACCACUUCAGCACCAUGAUCAAACACAAGGGCCACCUCUACCUGCUGGUGACCGACCAGGGCUUCCUGCAGGAGGAGGGGGUGGUGUGGGAGAGCCUGCACAGUGUGGAUGGGGACAGCUGCUUCUGUGACACCGAGUUCCACCUCAGCCACCCCCUGGGCAAGGACGGGGCCAGCACGGCCCCCCCGGACCCCCGGCUGCAGCAGAGACAAGUGGACCAGGCGGAGCGGCGGCGCCAGAGGCCGGAUUUGGACUGCACCCUCCUCUAGCACCCGGUGCCUGGGGGUCCCCACGCCUGCAGCCCCCCAAAAUCCCGCUCUGCAUCCUCCAGGGACAUCCUGGGGGGUCCUCUAGGGACUUCCUGGGGGUCCCUGUGGGCUGGAGACGAGGGGUGACCGUCUGAGCCCACCCCAGGAACACCCCAAACUUCCCAGUGGCCUUAACACAGGGGGGGUCCCACUCGGGGGGGUCCCACACCUCAGUCCACGCCCUGAGACAGGGGUGGGUGUGGGUGUGGGGAUGGGGGGACACCUGCACACCCCUGUUCAAAAUGUGGCCUUAGCCUUUGGCAAGUAAAGGACUUGUC